CCUGCGUGUGAAGAGGUGCAGAGAGAGGCGCGGAGACGCGGCGACCGGACGGCCCGCCAGCUGGAUGGGCGGCACGUAGACGGAGCGGGCGGUGAGGACCGUGCCGGGCGACUGCAGCUGAGCUCAGCGCUGGGACUAUCUGGCCGACAGCAUGGCGUCUCCGAAGACGUUCGGCCUAGUGGACUACUGCGUGUUCGGCAGCGUGCUGGUGUUCUCCCUGCUGAUUGGCGUGUACCACGCCUUCCGCGGCAAACAGACCAACGCUGAGAUGCUGCUUGGCGGCAGGAACAUGGCCAUUGUACCCGUAGCCAUUUCCAUCAUGGCAACGUUCCUCUCGGCUAUCCUGAUUUUGGUCGUCCUGCCCUCUGUGACCCUGCUCUACCUGCCCAUCUUCUACCGAUGCCGUCUGACGUCCGUCAACGAGUACCUGCAACUCAGAUUUGACAGCCACGUCCUGCGGUUAUUCUGCGUGUUGGGCUACCUGGUGCAGACAUCGCUGUACAUGGCCAUCGCCCUGUACGCGCCCAGUCUGGCCUUGAGUUCCACCACUGACCUGAACCUGGAGACCAGCAUCAUCUGCACGGCCGUCGUGGCGACCCUCUACACAACGAUUGGAGGUCUCAAGGCCGUGGUCUGGGCUGAUGUUCUCCAGGCGGUCGUCAUGGGUGCCGGUAUGGUGGCCAUCGUUGUUCAAGGCUCCAUCAACGUGGGAGGAUUUGGCAACAUAUUCCACAUCAACGCCGAGCAUGGCAGGAUGGAUAUGUUUGACUUUAAACUGAGUCCUUGGCAAAGGCAUAACUUCUGGAAUCUGUUCUUCGGCACCUUGUUCAUGUGGACCGGGGUGAUGGGGGUGAACCAGAGCUCGGUACAACGCUACAUGAGUCUACCCACCCUGAAGGCGGCUAGAAUCGCCUGUCUCCUUAACGCCCCGGCCAACAUUCUCUACAUAUCGCUGGCCUGUCUGUGCGGUCUGGCCAUCUUCGCCACGUACGCCGACUGCGACCCGCUCCGGAUGGCUCUCAUCGAGAGGAAGGACCAGCUGGUGCCCUACUUCGUGCUGGACCAGAUGUCCUACAUUACGGGUCUGCCGGGCCUCUUUGUGGCCUGCAUCAUGUCUGGAGCGCUCAGCACCAUUUCCUCCGGCCUCAAUUCGCUGGCAGCCAUCACUUGGCAGGACUUCCUCAGCAACAUCAACUUCUUCAAGAACAUGUUGCCAAUCACACAGUCUUGGAUAACUAGAGGCAUCAGUUUUCUUUACGGCUGUCUGGCAGUGGGCAUGGCCUUCAUGGCCAGCCAGCUUGGAGGAGUGCUGCAGGCUUCUCUGUCUAUCACUGGAGCGGUCAGCGGUCCUGUGCAUGGUGUCUUCAUGCUGGGCAUCUUCGUUCCGUUUUCCAACGGCAAGGGUGCCGUGGCAGGACUUCUAACGGCCAUGGCAACGAGCGUCUGGGCAGUGAUGGGCGCGUACGGAUCUGGGAAACAGCCCGAACCUCUACCCACCUCUAUCGCCGGCUGCGGCACCAAUCUGACCUCACUGGUGUCGUCCACUACACCACCACCAAUGGACAUGGGCCCGGUGCGAACAGAGGAGGAGGAGCCCAGCUUUAUAGAACAAUACAUCUACGGCAUUUCGUACCAGUUGUAUAACGUUUUCGGCUGCCUGCUGUGCGUCAUCGUGGGAUCCGUCGUCAGUCUUAUUACAGGAUGUAAUCGACGGAAGGUUUCCAAAUCGCUGAUGAAUCCUAUCACCUACAAGCUCUUAAACGGGGUGAACCGUUUCCAACGUGAUGACCCCUCCAGCCCCCAAUACGGCGUUGACAACGCCGCCUUCCUGAUGCCCACGUACAAGCAGGCCGAAGCAGCCAGCUGCUCGCUGUACAGAGGAGCGUGGCGCACCAGCGCUGUACAGACGAGCGCGGCGCACCGGCGCGGCUGCGACGACGGCUGCGCGGACGCCGGGGAGCCGACCGAGAGAUGUGCAGGGCUGUUCCGGGCCGUGGACUUCAUGGAAUGGUGUCGGGGUGGUGGCACGCUGGUCGUAUACGGCCGGGCCGACAGCCGACCGGAGCUGCUGCGGAGGACGUGCGGCUCCAGCCGCCCUGCUGCUCUCAUGUCGCCCGACAGUCGGCUGUUGCUGGAGCUGGCCACAGGCGGCGCCACCGGCGACGCUGCCGGCUUCAGCGCCACCUACCAGGUUGAAGAAAGCAUCAUGGCCUGCUCUGCACAGGGAGGCGCACAUGACAGACACUACCUGUGA